CCGUCACUUACUCGUGAGAAAUCAAAUUGUUAUUUUAGAUAGAUAAUAUUUGUUAUCGUGGUUGAUUCAUGUUCCAUCUCUGUAAACCACACAACACAACAAUGGCUUCUUCUCUCCACCAAAACCCCACUUUCCUUAAACCCCAACCCUCUCUAACACCAAAACAUGCCACCACGCGCCGUAACUAUAUUCCAGUACGAUGUGGAAGACCGCGUUCCCAACGUGGACCUCUAAUAAAAGGCCGAUUCCUAAGCAUCGAAGCAAUCCAAGCCAUACAAACUCUAAAACGCAUCAACCGAAUCAAUCCACCGAACCAAACCCAACUCCUUUCCAAUACUCUCACUCGUUUAAUCAAAUCCGACCUAGUCGCCACUCUACAUGAGCUUCUACGCCAACAACACUGUACCCUCGCACUUCGUGUCUUCUCCGCCGUCAGAUCUGAGUACGGAGCAGAUCUAUCGCUUUAUGCGGAAAUGGUGCAGGCGCUUGAUAAAUGUAAUAUGUCGGAAGAUGUAGACCGUUUGAUUGAAGAGAUUGAAAUGGAGGGUGGGAUUCGGUGUGAUGAAGUUCAGAGGAAAGGGAUUUUGAAUUUGAUUAAGGCUGUUGUUUGUGCGCAGAGGAGAGAAUCGACGGUUAGGAUUUAUGAGAUGAUGAAGAGGAGUGGAUGGGGAUCGAGUGUUGAACCUGAUGAGUAUGUUGUUAGGGUUUUGAGUAACGGGCUUAAGGGUUUGGGAGAAGAGGAACUUGCUUUACAUAUUCAAAAUGAGUAUGAUAGAUUCUUUAAGGAGAAAUUCGAUAUGUUUCGGAUUUAGCUUUCAUUUCGAUACGUUUCGGACUUAGUUUUGUUUUUGUUAUGUGUAGAAAAUAUAUGAACAAAUAUUUAAUCCAUUUUUUAUUUAUGGAAUGCCUUCUUUUUAUU